UGAAGGUACUACUGGUACCUAGGUAUGAACCGUAGUAAUACCUGUACCUACCGCAUUUCAAGUGCUCGAAUGAACCAUUUCCUUUGCUCAAGCAUUCGCGUAAAGACUCCUAAUCAUUUAUUUUCACCCACAUCGGGAUUGGCGCAAGGUCCUUGGGGAGGGGGCGUGGGAUGGACAUGGUCGAACCUGACGCGGAGCCAUCAUCAGCCUCGACGCCUCUUCCCUCCUUCAUGUCCCAGCUUUCAAUCCCACGGCAUGACUAGUCCGCUGCCCUGCCGUCGUUCGACCCUCCAGCCGCUCAGACCAUGGAGACCUUCCUUGCCACGGCUGCCAAUUGUCUCCCUCGACAGUAUUCCACGGGCAUUUGUCUGCAUGUGUGCAGAAGAGCAGGAGGGUAAAAAGGCUGGACUCGUGGCCAAAGGCUGCAGGUCAACAACAACCCGAUGCUACCACAAGGGAACGGACAGACAGCGGGAUUUGCAGACCUUGUACCUAGGCUAUGGCGAAACCACGAGUUCGUUCAUGCAACACCUCUCCUGCUACAGCAUAGGAGACCUGCGAGAUCCCAAUCAAACAGCCUCGAUGCCGACCAUUGUCGUGGCUACUGCAACUCUGGCGGCCGCCGAGGCGCUAUGUUAACGCGCCGGCUGUGACAAUAACUCUCAGGCGAUGAGCCUUUUUCAGCUUAUGCUUGAUCCUGUAUCCCAACAGCCGGCCUGCUGCUGGAAUUCCUGGACUUGCUACCGAAAACUCAAGCGAUCGUUGUCUUAUCCACCAACCAGGUCUACUUCUUGCGUCGGCUUUGUCGACGGGCUGUUACUCGAACUCCGCUCCGAGGACGUUUCCUCUCACCCUUGCACCCUCCUUCAUGCAUCGGCCAUGCCCACCUCACGGCUGCCUUUCAAGGUUGCCGACAUGAUCUGACUUGGCCUCAAGCCUUACCAGCUCAUAUACAGCCAGUGAGAUGAGCUCCAGCUCAAAAAAUUUGAUCUUGUCACACGGUCGUUCCCCAACUAGGUAAGCACAGGCGUAAUGAGGGCUUGUGGCGUCCACGCUCCAGAACAUCUCCAGGCAAGGCUGCAUCAUUCGGGAGUGCUUUAGUCUUGACAGCACCAUUGAUCGCUGUUCGGCGGGAUGUGCAAUUUCUUCAAUCUGCAGCUCAAUCGAUCCCUGUCACAGGAGGGUCUUUUGCGUUGUUCUAUUCGAUUGGCAAGCCCACUCUCACUAUCUCUGAUGUUGACGAUCAAGAAAACCAUGGAUAUGAUAGAUAUAAACAAGGAUUCUGAUCUCACCGUUCGAUAUGAGUCCGGCUACCCAACAGCAAGUAUCUGCGGUAUUCUGCGUCCUGGUUAUCAUUCUUUUCUGGCGGCCCUCUUGAGCUGAUAUUUCAGCAAACAUACGUCUAUCUCAACAACAUCCUGUCCGGCCUGGGCUGAUUCUGGAUCAUCCUGUGUCUCUGCCCUGUUACCACCUUCACGAGCCUCCCACUUUAUCCAGAAUCUUUACUGUUUUUGAAUGUAUCUUGCCGACUUCUCGAAUUGUUCUUGAGUCCCUUCUGCUUUGCCCAAGGACAUCCCUCCGCUGUCAGGAAUACAUACCCUUCCGCUCGAGCGUAGUCGGUGAGAGCAAGAAAGGGAGUAACUGCCUAAAGACAGGUAUACUUGAUGAGGAAUCAGCAAUGCCCUUCAAUCAAACGGCGGAACAGCUUGAGUGGCACAUACUGCAAUUGCGACAAUGGAUGGCGCAGACGUCGGUGCCGCCAUCAUCCAAACUCUUGUCGACCACAAGCACUCCCCAAUUCACACCCGAUUUGUCCCUUCAGAAUGUGGCCUCUCAUGAUCAGUACGAAUACACGUCCCUUAGCAUCCUCCAACAAACAUCACCCGUGACUAUCCAGCGGGCGCAUACUUUCCUCGACAUCUGCGAGCAUAACUUCAGCUCUCUGAACUACCUAGGCGAUCAGGAUCCUGUAACGCCGGGCACAUGGGCUGACGAAGAGGAGUGCACGCUUGACGAUUGCAUUUCCACGACAUACUCCCAAGUACCAUCGAGUCAUUAUUCCCCUUCUGAUCUCCCCUGGGAUCAGCCUGAUUUGGAGUGCAUACCCUCCGCCGGGUGGAUGACUACACCAGCCGUCCAUCUUCCGCAACCUUUGUCCCAAGGAGAAACCACCACCUCGGAAGUCGAUAUGCUCAUGAAGACAUUGCAACCUCAGCCUCCGCUGCAGCCCCAGCCCCAGCCCCAGCCCCAGCAAAUCCAAGGCACUGGCAAAGCGAAAGCCAACGCCACACCAGGGAAGCAGCACCGCUGUCCUUUUCCCGACUGCGCCAAAUCCUUUGCGGGACCGACCCAAAUCAGAAUCCAUCUGCGCUCCCACACGGGUGAAAAGCCAUAUACAUGUUCAGUGCCGUCAUGCCGCCAGUCCUUUUCGCAGUUGGGAAAUCUCCGGACCCACGAGCGACGCCAUAUCGGCCAGCGACCAAACCGGAAGCCGAAGCAAACAUCGUCGUCAUCCUCCGACGGCGACCCCGGAGCCAGAGCAGAAGGCCAUGGCCGAAAGUACGAGUGCAUCUUGGAUGGGUGCAAAGGUGUUGGUGGUGAAGAGGGCCAUGCAGGCAGGGUCUUUACACAGCUAGGAAACCUCAAGGCGCAUAUGAACAAGUUCCACAAGGAAACGCUGGCCAGGCUGUCUCGACAAUUUGCGGAAAGUGAAAGAGUGGACAUGAAUCCGCAGGAAGAAGCUGAAUUAAAGAAAUAUUUCCAGGAUCUCUACAAACAUAGCAAUAAAGGGAUCAAGGGGAGGGGAAAAGGACGAAAAGUCGAGCUCAUUGUGCCUCGUGCUGGUGGCGAGGAAGCUUGAGAGGGAAUGGUUGAUCAAACACUACCUUUACGAAUAUCAUCAUGUAUUUACUAGUAGCACUAGUAGUAGUAGUGCUGUAUGGAUGUG